CUCCUGCCCCCGCCGCGGCUUCCGGCCGGCGCCGGGAUAGCGCGGUGCUGAAAGGCGCGGGGCGCGCGGCAGGCGCGGACCUCCGAGCGCCAUGUACAGAAAGCACCUCCAGGAGAUCCCAUCCUCUAGCACUAAUGUUUCCACCACUUUGGAAUGGGACCCCGGCAAGACCUCGGAGCUUCUCUCGGGUAUGGGAGUGUCGGCCCUUAAGAAAGACAAGCUGGGCAAUGAAAACACACCACAGGACCUGCUGGUGUCAUCACCCUGUCUUCCUCCAAAAAGGCAGAAGGUGAAGGACAACGAAAAGGACUUUAAGGACUUUGUUAUCGUGCGCCAGCCAUGGCUGCUCCGACAGGCAGAGUCAGGUAUUUCUUUGGAUGCACUUCCAGAUGAAUUGCUUCUGGCAAUCUUUGCCUGUUUGCCCCUAAAGGAUUUACUGAAAGUUUCUACUAUUUGCAAGAGAUGGCAUCGACUUUCAUUUGAUGAAUCUCUCUGGCAGACUCUUGAUUUGACUGGUGGGAAUCUGCUGCCAGGACUGCUUGGUCACCUGUUGCCUGCAGGUGUUACUGCGUUCCGCUGCCCAAGAUCUUGCAUUGGGAAUCCGUUGUUUAAAACAAGCAAUCUUCUUAAAAUUCAGCACCUGGAUUUGUCAAACUGCACAGUGUCUGCUGCAGAUCUCCACAGUAUUCUUUGUCUAUGUGAAAAGCUGCAGAACCUCAGCUUGGAGGGUCUAGUGCUUUCUGACAACAUCAUCAAAAGCAUUGCUAGAAAUCCCAAUUUGAUACGACUAAAUCUUUGUGGGUGCUCAGGGUUUUCGGCAGAAGCCUUGGAGCUGAUGUUGAGCAGCUGUUCUAUGCUGGAGGAGCUGAACUUGUCCUGGUGUGAAUUCACAGCCAUUCAUGUCAAAGCAGCAGUCAAUCACAUUACUUCUAAGAUCACCCAGUUAAAUUUAAGUGGCUACAGAGAGAAUCUACAAAUAGCAGAUGUGAAAACACUGGUGGAGAGAUGUCCUUUGCUUGUCCAUUUAGAUCUCAGUGACAGCAUGAUGUUAAAGCCCGAGUGCUUCCAGUAUUUUAAACAACUUGUGUUCCUACAACACCUGUGCCUUAGCCGAUGUUACCAGAUAUCAUCUGCUGCUUUAGUAGAGCUUGGUGAAAUUCGAACACUGAAGACUCUUCAGGUAUUUGGAAUAGUGACUGAUAGCUCCCUGCAGCUCCUCGAGGAAGCACUACCCGAUAUGAAGAUCAAUGGUUCACACUUUACCAGCAUUGCAAGGCCAACUGUUGGCAAUAAGAAGAGCCAUGAGAUUUGGGGCAUCAAAUGCAGAUUGACACUGAGAAAUCCUAGUUUCUUGUGAUCUUGUAAAAGGUACUUCAUGCCAUGGACAUACUGUGCGUUGAAGCUCCUUAGAAAAAAAAAGUCCUGGAGCACCUUUUAUCAUAGUACUGUUACUAUUUAACUUGGUCUUACAUGCUAAUGUUGUUUCAUAAUAUUUUGUAUCAGUUUUUUGUACUUAAAGCCUUUGGAAGUUUGAUGACUUGUGAGCAAUUACAGAAUAUUUCUUUCAGCCUUUCUUUUUUACAGGGGAUCUUUGAAAAAAAAUAUUCUGAAACAAAUCACCGUCAAGUGAUUUGAUAAGUACAGAUGAGUUACUUACAUUGAUAAGUAAUGUUAGCUUCUAGCAACUGUCUGCAGCUUCUGAACAGCUUGCAGAGGUGCCAGAUAAGUUUGUAAGGUUUAUUAAGGAGUUUGCAGCAUUCAAAAUGAAUACAUCUAUAUUAAAUCUUGUCAACUAUGUAACUGAAGAAAAGAUACUGCAGGAUGAAUGAACCAAGCUUGAAAACAGUAAAUUGGGGAUAUACUACAUAGGAACAGCUCAAUACUUUGCAAGUUAAGCAGCAUAAAGGAGUUAUAGUGAAGUUUUUAUUUAGGAGGCCACACAGGAAAUGUUUGUCUUUAGUAGCCUUCAUUUUUGGCCAAAUUCAGGUCUGAAAAGCCUGUUCAGAAUUAGCAUCUGUAAAAAUAGAUGCUGGUUGUCCAUGAUUUCAUUUUGUGGUCCUAGGUUUUCUGAAUACAUAUUACAGAAACUUUAUGUAGAUUCUGUGAGUCUGAUCAUAGAUAAAACUUUCUCUGAGAUCUUUCAACUGCAACUGAUAAAUUGGUAUAAGUUUUGCAGGAGGAGGGCUCAAGGAGUUCUAGAUAUGACCAAAAACCAGAACCUGGGACUACUGUGUAAGAAUGCUAAAAGGGAGAGAUGCUUUGGUGCUAUCAAAAGACAUAAAUUUCUUUUUUAUAUUAGUUUGUUUGUAGUAGCACUUCACUUCUUGUAUUUGUAUCACUAACCACUAUCGUCUAGUGUUGAUUUUUUUUUUUUUUAAAGUCACAGGAGAAGCUGAAUAACUGUCCAAAAAGAAAAACAAAUAAAAGGAUAGGGACAGGUAAUGACUUUAAAUGAACCUUUCAUUUUCAUGUUACCAGGGUCCUUCCUUAUGCAUAAGCCUAGAAUGUUCCAGCAGGUGUUUUAGCUGAUAAUUCCUAGGGCAAAACUUGGACCCUCUCUAGGAUGUAAAAAUGCUGCUGUUUUCCCAUGAAUGCAGUGAGCAGCUGAAUUUAUUAAUGGAUGUUUUUAAGAAUAGCCAACAUACCACUGUAGGCCUUUGCAUAUAUACAGCUUUUCCCAUUGCAGUCUUGAGAAAAAGCAUUCAGGAAUGAAUACCUGGCAGUGCAGGACAGAUUACUUGCUGUGGAAAGAUUGUAUGAGCACUAGAAUUUGAUGUUUAACUUGACUUUCUAGAAUAUAGUAAAUAAAGCAUUAUCUUUUUCAUGUAAGUUGAUUUGUUUUUUAUUAAAUUUUACCGUGUAAGUAACAGAUGUUAAUAAUGGGUUUGUAUCCUUUACAAAGGAGCUAAUGGGCAACACACCUUGUGAAAGUUGGAUACAGAAUGUUAUACUGCCUCAGUUUGCUGCCUUAGAAAUUUACCUUAAACUGCUUCAAGAAGAAGAAAUAAAUCUCUGCAGCACAGCUGUACAUUCUUCUCCUUAUGCACAAUGUCAACUCCAUGCAACUUCUCUUGCAUUUAAUAAAGAUCUAAGAAACUGC